AGAGAGUGAGAGAUUAUUAAUAACUUAGAAAGGCAUGAGCAGAUGACACUGGAGGAAAUACCGACUGCCACUGAGAGAAACUCCAACCGAAAGAACUGCGUGGAGUACAACAAACGUUAUUUUAAAGUUUACUUUGAGGCGCGCUACACACGAGUGACGUCAGGACGAUCAACUCCGUCUGAAGAAGCGCACGUCUACGGGUGGAGCAGCACACCACGUGGCUCGGGUGGAAACAACCAGAGACUUCGAGACAUUUCUCGAACUUUCCUCGCGGUUUCAAAUAGAGCGACAGCAGGGCGAGGCGGAAGCAUUACACUCCACAGGUGGACGGGACAGCACUUCUCAUUGUGAAAUUACUCUCAGAGCUAUUUACCGAGGGUUGCUGUGAACUGAAUUUUUAGCGACAGACACCUGAACGCAAGCAGGACUUGCUUGAACCCGCUGUUUGACGUUUGGAGUAUCGACUUCAAAAGAAACUCUCGAUGGUGAAGAUGGGGAAGGAUUAUUACAGUGUUUUGGGGAUCCAGAAAGGCGCAUCUGAUGACGAGAUCAAGAAAGCUUACCGCAAACAAGCGCUCAAGUACCAUCCGGACAAAAACAAGUCUCCCGGCGCCGAGGACAAGUUCAAGGAGAUCGCGGAGGCGUACGACGUACUGAGCGACCCGAAGAAGAAAGACAUUUAUGACAAAUUUGGCGAAGAAGGACUGAAGGGAGGCAUCCCCGGCGGUGGAGGUGGUGGCAGUAAUUUCACCUACACUUUCCAAGGCGAUCCUCAUGCAAUGUUUUCAGAGUUUUUCGGAGGACGGAACCCUUUUGACCAGUUCUUCGGACGCAAUGGUGGCAUGGAGGAGGAUAUGGAAACUGAUGACCCAUUUGCCAGUUUUGGCAUGGGUGGCAUGGGUGGGUUCCCCCGCUCCUUUAACACACGCGGUCACGGCGGGAGACUGGAGAAAAAACAGGACCCUCCGGUGACCCACGACCUGAGGGUCAGUCUAGAUGAAGUGUUCACUGGCUGCACCAAGAAGAUGAAGAUCUCACGCAAACGCCUGAACCCCGACGGAAAAACAACACGCACUGAGGAAAAGAUUCUUACCGUGGAGGUGAAAAAAGGCUGGAAGGAAGGGACCAAGAUUACUUUCCCCAGGGAAGGUGAUGAGACGCCAGCAAACAUCCCCGCAGAUGUGGUGUUUGUGGUGAAAGAUAAACCACACCCUGUGUACAAACGAGACGGAUCGGACAUUAUUUAUCCUGCAAAAAUUACCCUCCGAGAGGCACUUUGUGGUUGCACGAUCACUGUCCCAACAAUUGAUGGUCGCACAAUCAAGUUAACAUCUCCGGAAAUUAUUUCUCCCGGGAUGAAACGGCGUGUCACUGGGGAGGGUCUUCCUCUUCCAAAAUCCCCAGAUCGUCGUGGGGACUUGGUUGUUGAAUACGAAGUCAAGUUUCCCGAAAAGUUGAGUCAGAGUGCCAGAGAGACUAUUGCAAAUGUUUUGCCAGCUUCUUGAGCUGUGUAUAUUACAAUGCUGGAGCUGCUGCCAUUGGGGAAUUUUUGCUUUCAUAUAAUUUCUGGUUAAAGGAGGAAUAUUUGAGGUCAGCCCAAUUAGGGUGCCCAUUUGAUGCUAAAAACAAAACUGUUCUUCUGUAAAGUGCUGCCAUUGAGAGACUUUCUGAACCAAAACUUAGCUGGACUGGUUUAUUUGUUUGUGUCAUGUACAUGAACCCAUGUUUCCUUUGGGUCUAGUCCAGCAGAAAGUCUCCAGCUGUGGCCUCUGGGCCAGUGUUUGGUUGUGCAUUACACACACCUAUGUUUACAGUGUUGACUUGUUCCAAAGCUGGACAGUAGAGGAGGCUGUGAUGUGUGGAGAUACAGUGAGAUGGUUUCUUUUCAGCUGUCUGACUGACUUUGGAUACCUCAGGAAAGGCUUUCUGUGAGAGCAUAAUGUAAGUUUUCUGAUAAUACGGUCUGAUAGAGACGUUAAUUAAUCUCAUGAAAAGUCAUUCACAACGUAGUGGUGGCCCAAAAUGAUCACUGCUUGGAUCGUCCCUCAUCUAAGUAUGUGAAUCAGCACUUGCAAUAAGUCGCCUAGACAGCAUUUAUUUUAAUUUUUUUAAUAGAAGAGGUAAAUGUACUGAUGUUGGUUAAUUCCUUGGAUAAAAUGACAUGGGAAUAUUUUUCUGUUUUAUUAGUUGUUAUGAGUGUUUUGACCUGUCUCUGUGAAAUUGAAUUUGUGUUGCUUCACAUUAUUAAUAUUAAACAGUACAUGGGA